CUCCACUCACACCUCUGCGUGCCAACAUCUCGCUUUCAGCCUAUCUGGAGAGCGCCCCUAUCUCCUCUCCGACUUCCAGCCUCCAAAUACCAUAAAACGCCCCUAAGCUUCCUCUUGACUUCACAGAACACCCAAUUUCCCACCAUUGUCAUCGUUUUCAUCUCUUGCUCCGCCUUCCAAGUGCUCUCACAUCCUCCACCACGCCUCUCUUUCCCAUACUUCCCCUCGCCGCGGCCAAAAACGCCAGAGGCAAAGCGAAAACUUCACCAUGCCCACCCAAACCCAUCCCUCAAACCGUCACGUCUCCUUUGCCGAACCCGUCUCCAUCCCAGCGCCCACGAACCGCGCUCGCCUCCUCUCAAUCUCGGAACCUCGACCCCGCCCACCUCCUAUCCUCCAGGAGGGAACCCGCCCUACAGUCUACCGAACGAGACCCUCUUCUACGCAGCUGAAGGCUCCUCCGUCGACACUGAUACAGAACGUGCAAGGCCUUCCCUCCCCCACUUCUUCCUCCUCAGACAUUGCCCUGGCAUACCGAACUCGCUAUGCAAGCUACCUAGCCGCAACCUUCAAUAUCAGUGUCCAGGCAGCGCAGGCCGAGACAGAGUAUCAACUUUCAUCAAGGAGAGCCUCGGAAUGUUCCGAGGCUGAGGCAGAACACAGGGGCGAGCAGGAGCGAAAGCCCUGCUAA